CAAAUAUAUAAAGUCAAUUGGAAAGCAAAUAACAAAUUAAUAAACUCAAAAAAAGUUAAAUAAUAUAUAAAAAUGGACAAACCGCAGAUGUCCCACAAAGAUGAGGAUUUAAAGAAUGUGGAUGGGCUUAUCAUGGAUGACAUAUUGCCGCAAAAAAUAAAGUACCUUAGUACCACAAGAGCAGACUACGUCGACCAUACGGGCGUUGCUGUUUAUAACCCCCAAAUUAGGCAGACACAAAUGGAUCCCUCUCUAAUAACUGGCCACUUUGCGAACAAUUUAAAGAUCUCUGGGGUCGAGGAUAAGACAAAGACAUGGCCGCAAUCCAUGGAUUGGCGCGAAGAGUACGCCCAGUUCGUCAAACGCAACAAGUGGUGCAAUGAGAAGAUCUACAAGCUUUUCUUUGUCUGUCCGCCUGUUGACUACCACCUAUUACAGAACUAUUUCAAGGACUUGCGCAAGACGAUCUACAUGUACGAUUACUCUCCAGAUGAUUACGCAUCGAAAGUAAGUCAGAAACAAAAGACGAUGACAGGAAUUACAUUUGAAGGGGACUAUCUUACCACCUAUGGAUGCUACUAUAAUCGCUUGCAGGAAAUUGAAUCUCUUAGGAGCGCCUGCUACCCUUCCAACCGUGUGAAGGACAUGACGCUAGAUACUUUCUCCACUAAUAUGCGUAAGCUCUUUACCAAGUACAACGCGACAACGUAUUUUGACGAAAUUUGCAAACCGGCUCUGCUGAAGGCCAAGAACGGAAUAAUGCCAUCGGGACCCAUUGAUCGUUAUCAAUUUCGCAAGUAUUAAGCCGGAACCUGCGUACUUACACCUCCUCCCAUUCGUGGAACAGUGGCAAGACGCGGUUGGAUUGCGCCACAGGCACAAAUAUCAUGGCGUACUUCAAGUAAACGUUGGAGUCCUACAAAAACAGAUUUUAUGUAUAUGAAAUUAAGAAGGUACAAAUAAACAUGCUAAUUACUUA